AUGCAAAACAAAGUUCCUACGCCCACCGUGCCGCAAAAUACAGCCGGAAUGUCAUCCUCUCUUCACCAGCGUUCUGAUCAGUUCGUGUUUUUCUGGAAGACGGGGAAAGAGCUGCCCAACGGCUAUCUAUCGGCAUGGCACCUGAGUCCAUUCAUGCAUGAGGGUUAUAUUUACCUCACCGUGCAUCAAUGGAUGGCAGUCCAGAAGGCUCGAUUCUUCGGCGACAAGUCUGCCGAGGAGAAAUUGCACGAAACCAUUGAUCCAGAGGACAUCAGUACUAUAGCAGCUGGAAUCAAAGGAGAUGGCGCCAAGAAGUGGGGUAGCAUGAUGGGCAAGGCUGCGGUGGACGGCAGCUACUUGAAGUUCACCGCCAGUCUCCAAGCGCCGGACUUAAAGGCGAAGCUGCUAGAGACGGGUGAUCGGACGUUGGUCAAGGCUUCGCCUUGUGACCGAUUUUCGGGUAUUGGUUAUGGUGAAAGCAUUGCACUGUCCAAGCAGCAAUUUUGGGGGGGCAAUAUAAUGGGCAAAGCUCUCAUGGAAGUGAGGCGCAGGCUAGUGGAAGAAGCUCAACCUUUGCCAGGUGCUACCUCCAGGCCUGCCACAUACGAUUUUGAUAUCGAGAUCAUGAGCACUGAAGAUGACUGGGAGGACACUCCGGCGCCUACGGCUGAUGAGCUGGAUUCUUCCAGUAUGGACAAGCUUACUGGACUUUGCGCAGCUGUUGAGCAGCUCAGUAAGUGUAUGGACGCAAUGGAAGUGGCUAAGGCGGCCUAA